AGAGAAGAGGAUUUACGAUUACGACUGUAGAAGAUACAAGAACUCUCUGUCCAUCCACAAGCACAAUACAGCUUAAUCGAAGAUGAAGCACUCGUACCCGACCUCUAGUACUUCGGAGACGUCAGGCACGGGCCGCGAAGAACGAUAUAGCAAAUACGGCAGCCGCUACUCCGCAAAUAAAGGCUCUUGGUCUUCCAAAACCGGCCCGAAGAAAAACCGGUAUCUGCAGAAUUUCAAGCCAGAUUGGGAGUACAAACACCAGCAGGAUUGGGAGUACAAGAAAAGUAGAGGUUGGAAUUGUCAGAGCAACUCGGACCAAAACUACAACAACGCCUCGCACCUGUCAAAUUCCAAAAAGUUUGACCUGAGCAGCCAUGCGAUUGCUUCCAACACGACAAAUCCAACUUCUGCGGGAACUACAAGAACCACAACCAGACGCGAGCAGCUGCUGCACGAGUUGCUGAGUAGUCCUACCGAAGAGGACGACAACAGCUCUACAGUCGCCGGCUUUUCCCCGAGCUCUCCCUCGCCGGAUAGCCUGCGAAAGAGCAGUCAUCAUGGGGAUAAACCUCUACCUCAGGGAGGUCGUGGUUCUUGUGCACAGCCGUCGCCCACUGCCUCUGCGGCUGAUGCAGUGUUGAAGACGCCUUCCAGCACGACUUCUCCAAGCGGUUCUUCGCUGGCUGGGAUCAAGCAACAGGCUACUAGUACAUCGACGACCCCAGGAGCUGGUGCGUCUUCUGCGGCAAAAAGUACCACAACCACUGCUACACCUGCGAUCCAGCAGACUCCCGGUGGUCCUCCGGGUGUUCUUCCGCUUAGCGCCGGCGCGUUUCCGCCGUUGCACAAUAUCAACCCCUUGCUUUUCCCUCAAGAUCCCUUGCUGCAGUUGCACCACCAGCAUCUCGGGCAGCUUGGAGCGGCGCCAGCCGCUUCCGCCUACUACAGCUACCUAGCUGCUGCACAGCAGAUGCUGGCCACGGCCCCCGGCGGUAGCGGCCACUUCGCGGCGCAAGCCGCCUUGCUCGGCGGGGUGGGUUUGGGUUUGCCUUUGCAGCUUCCUGGAAAAAUAACAACAAACGAGCAAUUGAAAGCAGCGCAGGACAAAGACUUUUACCGCAACCUCGCGAAAGGCGAGUUUCCCGAGGAUGAUUACAGCAAGGCACAAAGGGACUUCUACCGCAAGUUGGCGAAGGGUGAGUGCAGUGGCACUGGUGUAGAAGUUGACCAACAUCAUGUUAAAAAUAUUUCUGGCGCCACGGGGGCUUGUCCGAGCUCUUUGGUGAGAGGAGUGUAUCUAUCAAAUGCAAAAAUGUCUGGGUCUGGAAACUUGUGAUGCUGGGUGGCGCAUCAUGAUGAGGCCACAAGUGCUGGCCCAGCAUGACAAGUUUCUGAGCUUCUAGGUGUUGCCUAUUCUGCAUGACAAACUGCGUUUCUGCAUGACAAAAAAGCUCAGCGCUUGGGUAACCUGCAUGACAGAUUCAAGAGUCAUGCCGUAGCCAUUUUGGCUCAAGACUUUGUCUUGUUGCCUGAGAUCCAUCAAUGUAGAACAGGGGGAGCUAUGCCGUAGAGUAGGACCAUUCUGUUGCUCAUCUCCUAAAUUGUUUUACUACCACUGACGCCACGUCGGUACCUCCCCCGACUCCCUGCAGUGGAGUUUCGAAAGGAAAGUAGAUAAACGCCCGUACGUGGCGGGUCCUCUGUGCCCCUUUACAGUAGUACUAGCUAGAGCAUCGGCGCCCCGAGCGUCCGUGCGCACACUGAAAACGUACAUGGCCUCUCCUCCGACGACAGCCAUCGACUUACCGUCUUGCCCACGCCCAGAAGCACGGUAAAGGACCGCCACGCCGACAAUGACUGCCGGUGGAUUGGGCAGGCGCCAUGACAAGCAUAUUAGCAUGGACCUCGGUAUAAAGCACAACACGAGCGGAAAAGGGCGCUUCGUCACUGUCUUCGAUGAGAAGGCUGGUCACCACACGCGGCCCCGCACAAUCCCCAGCGUGGGUGGAGUCGGACGCUUUCGGGAAGACAUCUUCCGCGCAGGGUCCGCGCAUCAGCAGAUGCCGGGUGGCGCAUCACGGGACGCGAGCGUGCGCUGGAGCCGCGGCCAUGUGAUGGCGAUCUUCUGGGGGGAGCAAAGUAGUAUAGAGCUAUUUUUAUUGAUGUGCUUUUUGGUUUCAUCCUCCCGUUAAGUCCUUGCAUGUGAUGUAGCUUCGUUGUGUCUCCUUCUCUCUUUCAAUCAUUUGGCCGGUCUGCUACUCUGUUGUUGUGUGCACGGGGGCGGAACAUGUCCGUCCCCGCCGUUGCCUCAAUUGAAUCACAGGUGCCCGCUCUUCCUGUGGACCCUGGAAGAUGAUGUUGUCGCUCGACCAAGACUCGCCUGCGCUGUCACCACAUCUCUCCCACCCCCAGAAUCCAGGGCAGACCUGAUAGUCUGUGCGCGUAACGUCCCUGCUGUGACUCUAGCGGCACCCCUGAUAGAGCGUGUUUGGAUUCUGGGCAUUUGCGCACAGGACUGGCCCAGCAACGCAGGCCAGGGCGGGACCAUAGGAGCUUCGCGAGGCGGCGCGGGUACUCCUAAAUGGCUUACGGUAGUGGAGUCGGCGGGCUGCUGGACGUAUCUUGAGUUCCCCGCCCCAGAUGCGUAUGCGAGCGCGCGCGGCAUUUCCAGCUCCCUCGUUCGAGGUAGUAGCCAUGUCUGGGUUCCCCACGAGGACGAGAUACGAGUGGAAGCCAGUGCCGACCAACAUGAACGCGUGGCGACGGAUCCCGCAAGCGAGAUGAUGGGCGUUGCUCACCGCCUUCGGUGUUGGCGACGUGUCUGGAUGCUGGAUGUCCUAUGUCUACCCCUCUCGUGGCCGUUCUGGUGCGCCUUCUCAUGUGAGGUCGUUGACAUGGCUUGGUGGGAAAUUCCCGUUGCGCGAGGCUCUUGCCUUGCCCUCUGUCUUCGUCCCCAGUGGCGUUGCGAAAGUAGAAGCGUCUGUUGUGGCCGUCGGAGCUUGCUCUGGGUCUUGCGGCUCCUCUUGUCUUCGGUGGAGUACCUGAGUGGCUUCUGCUGCUGCCUCCGUUGACUUUUGGCUGCUGCUUGACUGGCGGUUGGGAACACUUCAGGCGUCUUUGUGCUGCGCUUCUGCUGCGUGGUCCCCAGUUUUCCCCGGGUCCGGAACUCUGGGUUACCUUGGUCGAGUUGGUGUCACUGUCGGUUCACCUAUGUCCCUGCCUUUCUGUUCUUGCCACUGGGAACAGUCUGUGCGUUUCUUUCGUCAGCGGCUUCCUGGCGCUGAAGCUCGUUGACGAUUGUUUCGGGAGGUUCCUAACGGCCCCUGAGGACAUUGCCUCGUUGCUGACCAGGCCGAACUUAGAGGUCGGCUUCGGGAAGGCUACCCGGAGUUGAGUCUGUUUCGGCAGGUCUCUUGUGAAUGCGAGGGCAGUGGUUGGCUGAGGUUGUUGGAGCGUUCCAUAGUGUCGCUCCAGAUCAUUUUUUUGAUCCUUCUCCAACUUCCUCAUUUCCUGUGUGGUCUAAUGCAGAUUGCAGAUCACAACACAGGGCCACCCUCGUAUCUCACCUCCAGGGGGGGGCGCGCGGACCUCGCUUGCCAUUUCGUUUGGUCUCGCGAAAGUUCCAGCUCCCCCGAGCGGUAGUAGGGAAUUUCCAAGAGUGCCAGACAAGCAUGACAAACAUGCACUCUUCCAGAUCCAGACACUUUUGCACUUGAUAGUAUCAACACGCGGAGCUCGUUCACCAGCAAGUUCUGAUGAAGUCCGGUCUGCUGCUUGGAGACCAUGAUCAAAGUAUCGGAAGGAAAAAUCCCCCCUCCCGAUAUCGGAAAGGAGCGUCUCAGAAAAUUUGUGAUGCUGAUUUGUGACCACAAACCAAGUCUGAAAGCAACGGCAUGGGCUCCGCCCCAUCAUUCAGGCGGUUUGCAAUGCUGUUGGUCCUACGGCGUAGGCGUUCCCCAUGCUAAGUGUCUAGGCCGCAACCUCUCUACAUUGCAUUGGCAUAGUAUGGGCCUGCAGUCCUCUACUGCAUGCAUCGUUUUGAUAUGGGGCGGGGGCUUUUUUCACUUUGAUACACAGCAAGGCGAACCGCGCGGAUCCGAUCGCGGAAGUCUGCUACGAUUAUUUAAUGGCGAAAAUCAACAAAACUGUCGAGGAAAAUAAAAACCAGAAUGACACUGCUUCUACUUCCGCUUCCAAAGUAGAUAAAAAGCUCCGGUUCAGCAACAAAAACCCGCGGUAUCACUACGGCCGGAUUCCGGGGUUAAUCGAUGCGAUCGGAGAGUUAUCACAGGAAAAAGUGUUGACGUUUACGGAACUAUCUGUGAUGCGGCAAUGCAUCACAAAGCGUGCCCAAAUUUGUGAUGCAUAGCAUGCACACUAGGCUAAAUUUGUGAUGCAUUGCUGCAAUCUGUGAAAACCAUAAACGUGAACACUUUUUCUGGUGAUAAGAGUCGGCAAAGCAGAAUGAAGAGAUGCAGCUGCUUCCCGCACCGGGGUCGUCUUCAUUUGUAGUUCGCGGGACAAACUACAAAAACCAGCAGGAUUACUACUCCACUUCGAAGGUUUUACAGACGUUCAGUGCGAAAAUCAUGCAUUUUAUCGAGGAGUCCGAGCACCGGCAAUCCGUCCACGACCUGGCUCUCCGGUACCUGGUGUUUGUUUUGUCCAGAGACAACCGGUUUGACGUGAAAAAGUCGGCGAAUUGGGAGGGAGACGUGUUGAUACGGUUAAAUAUUGUAGUGCCGGAAGGGGAACGAGAAGGGGAAGUAUUGAAGAAUGGGAAUGAAACUACUGCUGAGAAGCUGGUUGGGAACAAGGAGAAGAACGAGGGAAGCAGUGGUCGCGAUGGAGAUAGUAAACAGAACUACUACACAGUCCCGACGGGAGAAGUGCGUGGAGAUCCUGACGCAGUUGCAGACCUACACCUGUAUCCUGAUGAAGAAAUAAGCAAAAUUGGUGCAGCUUCGUCCUCUUCGAGCAAUACUACCACCAAUAGCUCGGACGUUCCCUCGACUCCAGCACAGAAGUCCUCUGCAGAAAAAGUUCUUGCUCCUGCACGUGAUUCGGGUUCGGCAGCGGCUUCAGCGCAGAGAAUAAACCGGAACAACUCGUCUUCGUGUCCGAAAACAUCGAGCUCUACUGUGGCGCCAUGUUCUCCAGAUGAAGAUAAAACCAGGGAGCACAAGAAGAAUUGCCACGACAUCAAGGUCGUCCAAGGACUGAGUCACCAGGUCGUUGACAGCCAUGCACGCACUGCUGCUGGACCUUGUUGUCUCGCACUCGCACGACCCACCCCCGCGACGCCCGCCGUCAAGAAGGAGCAACAUCAACCUGUGCAAGAGAAUCACGACGAUGCUUCGCUUUUUGCGACGCCGCGCCAGCAGUUUCGGCUGGGGCAGGAGGAAGAUGUGGAAAAAAUUUUCGGAACCGAGGAACUGUUUGAAUCCUUUCCCUUCAACGACGUCGAUGCUGACGAAGUAGAUCAUGUUGAAAAACAAGAAUUUCUUUCUGUCGGGGCGAUUAUACAACCGAUAUCUCCACCCGCUCUCCUGGCGCCAAAACGUGAGGUUGACCGUGCUGCGUCGUCCUCUGCUAUCUUCACACCGUCGUCGCCCGGCUCAUCUCCGUCGAGUCCUACGGAACAAGCUGCGGCACUCUACUCCGGUGCUAGUACAACUUCUCCCAGUAGUAAUCUAUCAGUGCAGGAGCCGCAGCCAGCAUCUACGAGUUGUACGUUUCGCUCGCAACAACACCAGCGCGAUCACGUCGAAAUGUUCGACAAGCAAGACCUGGCCAAGCUCCACUUGGCCACCACUGCGAUUUUCGGGGGCGGAAGCUUCGCUGACGAAGUCCUCGAAGUGGAGGUUGCUGAUGCGGUGCUAAAGCAAAUGCAAAACGACUGCAAGAAGAAAAGCAAUAGUUCCUACCAGCAGUACAGCCAGCAAAAAUUACUUGAACACCACUACAACCUGAACCAAAAUGACAAGGAGUUUUUGUUCGACAAAGUGAAAGCAUUCAUGCUGGAAAACAAUGAUAUCUGUCGCGGAACAUCAACAUCAUCAUCAACCAUGGACUUACAAUAUGGACUAGGAGGCUUCAUCCGGAGCGAAAUCAACAAAAUCAGUGAUCCGCAACUGCGCAUGUCCUUGAUGGACGGGGAUUUUUUAAAAUUGUGUGUCGCGAAAGAGAAGAAAUUGGGGUGGAGGAUUUGCGAAAGAUUGCAGGCGAAUUCUACUCUUCACACGACGUCGGCCUUCCUCGGGGAAGAUGUUGACAGAAGUAGUACUAGUAGAGUCAGUUCAACACCUGCUUCUUCUCUCGCCACUCGUGUCGAGCAUUUGUGUUGUCAAGUGGAGUCGGCAGGGAAGCUCUUUACAACCACAACAACCAAAAGCAGUACUGGUCCACAGAUGAAGAAAACGACGAAAGAACGAUCGAACUCGAAGCACUUUUCGACGACUGGAGGUGCUGCAGAACAUCAUCAAGUAGACUCGUGGGAACUGAUGAAGUAUGCAAGAAAAAAACUGUUUAAGUGUAAAUCUGUGAUGCAGAAAAUGCCAAACAGUUGUUACACUUGUGAUGCUCGACAUGCAUGACCGGCUCGCUUAAUAUGUGUUUUCCCUAUCCCUUUGUUUUUGUAUCUGCGCAUAACAAGUUUGUCCUGUCAUGGCAGACAAACUUGUGAUGCUGUUUUAUUCCCUAAAGACUUACACUAACACAGAUUUUUUCUUGGAUAUGAAGUUGAAGAAGCAGUGGUUUGCGAAGCUGCACUUAAACGCGAUAUGGAUUGCGAAUAUGUCUGGGUCCUCUGGAAGAAUGCGAGAUCUGUCAUGCAGUUUUUGCCUGACCAAGAUCGUUUGGCAUGCAAGCUUUAGCAUCACAGAUUUUGAGCACCUAUCCCAAUGCCUAGUCCGCAUGACAAAUCCAAAUCCUCUCUCGUCUCGGAAACAAGAAAUUGGGCUUUUGCUUUUUGCUAGCCAUGCAUGACAGAUUUUUAUCAUGAUGUAGACGUCGCUUCACAAAUUCGAAUCCCUCCAGACCCUGACACGUUUGCAUUUGAUACGCGACUUUGUUGCACGACGUGCUUCCGGCGUGCCGCCGGCUGGGAGAUUAUUUGGGGAAAGACGAGAGCCUGGCGGGACCACAGGGAGGACUGCCGAGGGACGAGAAGGAAGGUACUAGCAGUAGUGGCUGUGUUGAUCUUCCAAGUUCUUUCCGCCGCGAAGUUUUGCCGAAGUUGCAACCCGAGUGGUGCGCAAGCCUGCAGUUGUAUGGCGUUCUCAAAUGUUACAUUCUCAACUGUUACAUGGAUUUGUCAUGCAAAAUGACCAUGAGCCACCAGACAAUGAAGCUGCUUCGCAUGACAAAUUCUCGGAGGGCUAAAUAGUACUAGAAUCUGCGCCAAAUCUGUAAUGCAAGACGCGCAAGGUUCUCCCUUUGACCUGUGCUAUUCCUGCAUUACAAAUUCAUGUAGCAGUUGAGAAUAUAACGUUUGAGAGUCCCAUAAGUUGGAGAAACUGGUUACGAAGCACGGGGGGAACCGGUUGAGAAGAAUGAAACUGGAGGAAGCGGGGCAGCGGGGGCUAUUACAGUGAAAAGUGCCCCCCACCCCCAAAGUUGCAAAAAUUUGUGAUGCGAAGUUUCCAAAUGAAACCUUUUUGUCAUGCAUGAAAGGAAUACGAAUCUUUCUGAUGCAGAUUCUAGUGCUGUUUCGCAUCGCUUGCAUAACAAGCACCGCUCUUGCUGGGAUCUUUUGCAAUACAAAUUUUUGCUAUUCACGAUCGGAAAUCUGUGAUGCUGAUACAUGCAAGAGGGCGAAUGUUUCAUUUGGAAAGGUUUGCAAUACAAAUGCUUUCAAGUUCGGGGGUGGGGGCAUUUUUCAUUGCAAUAGGGGCAUCAGGAGUUUUUAAAGAUGAAUCACAGCGGGGGAACAAGGAUGUUGUUGAAGCCGCUGCCGCAGCACCCUCCUGGGGAUCAUACUUAUUCUAGAUCAACAUCUAGCGAUGAUUUUGAUUACAACAAAAGAUGAUUGAGACAAUCAAGCCGAGGGCGACGCGUCGAAAUAGAGCGACAAUGCGCGGGGGUCGGAUCGACGCGACUAGAUAGUUUGGAGGAGAUACAAGCCGAACAAGAAGCAGGAUUUUGUUGAUGUUUACCUUAAGAUGGGGUGUUGUUUCGGGUUGUACCAGAGAGAAAUCUAAUGACGAAGACGAUACAAAUUUUCUACGAAAAAAAACCGUGUGCUUGCUGGCCGAGUAGCAACAGGUUCAAAAGGUUUCGGAAACCUGAUUUUGAUCUUUCACCUUUAUGGAGCAAAUGGCUACAUUUUGAAGAUGAAGAAAUAAAAUGGCAAGAAGUAGAAGUACCCUAAAAAAAACGCUCACUUUCCCCCCCUCAAGAUACCCUUUAUCAGUAGACAACGUACUAUGGAUAUAGAUUUGCAGUGCGAUGAUUGUUUUGGUACAUUUUCUUAGCAGCUCUGUAGGAUAGUUUUCCACUAGUAUUGAACGUCGUUGAACAAGAUGAAACUACAACUCACCCAAAUUUUACUGUACGAAGGACCUUUCGACUAUAUUUACGUAAUGUGGAUCAGUAGACUAAGUCCCACGGCCUGUUGAGACUACCACACAGCAGGAAGAUGUGGAAAAACAGUAUUGAUAAGGAACAUCAGAGUACCGAUGAUGUUGUUUUCAAAUUAUACCCUAAAAAGUAGAAAUUC